AUGGGUGUAUCAGGAACAUUAGAAUACAUUUCAGAGAUGAUAAGAAGCAGCAAAAAACACAAAAGGAAGAAGCAAUUACAAACUGUAAAACUCAAGGUUAGAAUGGACUGUGAUGGCUGUGAGCUCAAAGUCAAGAAUGCCUUAUCUUCUCUCUCUGGAGUGAAGUCUGUGGAGAUAAAUAGGAAGCAACAAAAGGUGACGGUGACGGGGUACGUAGAGCAAGGCAAGGUGCUCAAGAAGGCGAAAUCGACAGGAAAGAAGGCGGAGAUUUGGCCGUAUGUGCCAUAUAAUCUGGUGGCGCAGCCUUACGCGCCCCAAGCUUACGACAAGAAGGCGCCCCCGGGCUUCGUUAGAAAAGUCGAGUACUCAGCGGGGGCCGUGAAGUUGGACGAUCCCUACAUGGCUAUGUUUAGCGACGACAAUCCAAAUGCAUGCUCCCUCAUGUAGUU